GUGGGUUAAGUUUGGCAAGUAACAGCUGCGCCGAAAUUGUAAACAACCAAAUUUGGCAAAAUAAUUCAAACCAUGGCCACGUUUAAGCCGAAAUUCCUUAAACCCGACACGGAUGAUUCCAUUACGGAUAGCGUGGGCAGCGACCAGCAGUCCUCCGCCUUUGUUUUCAAUGCCAAUCACAAUCUGGGCCUAGUGGAACAGCGCGAACGCCUGCCCAUACGACAGUACAGAGAUCAAAUUCUCUACUGUCUGGAGAAGCAUCAGGUUGUCAUACUGGUGGGCGAAACGGGGAGCGGCAAGAGCACCCAGGUGCCGCAGUACCUCUACGAAUGGGGCUGGCAUUCCAAGGGCCUCAUCGGCGUCACAGAGCCCCGGCGCGUUUCAACAGUAACUCUGGCCAAUAGAGUGGCCGAGGAACGCGGCGAGCUGGUAGGCGACACAGUGGGCUAUGUGGUGCGUUUCCUGGAGCGUAUGACGGCGGAGACCAAAAUCAAAUUCAUGACAGAGGGAAUACUGCUGCGCGAGCUCCUGGCCGAUCCGCUGCUCACGCAGUAUGGCGUCAUCAUUGUGGACGAGGCACACGAACGGAAUAUGCUGACGGACAUGGUGCUGGGACUGCUGAAGAAGAUCCUGCGCAAACGCAGCAGUCUGAAGCUGAUCAUUUCGUCGGCCACCAUUGAUGCGGGCUUCUUCAGCGAGUUCUUCAGCUGGCCUGGGGGCGGCGAGGUCAGUGUGAAGCUGAGCAUCGAGGGGCGCAUGCAUGCGGUAAGCAACUUCUACGUGAACGAGCCCUGUGCCGACUACGUCAAAGAAACCGUGGAAACGGUGUGGAAACUGCAUCAGAAAGAGCCACCGGGCGAUAUUCUGGCCUUCCUGACGGGCCAGGAGGAGGUGCUGGAGGCACUGGAUCUACUGCGCGAAUAUAUAGCCAGCUCGGAGCAGGAGAAUCUUAAAGUGCUGCCCAUGUACGGCAGCAUGACGAGCAGCGAUCAGUUGGCCGUCUUCUUUACCCCACCCAAGGGCGUGCGGAAGGUGGUGCUGGCCACAAAUAUAGCCGAGACCUCCAUCACCAUUCCAGGCAUUGUCUACGUCAUCGACUGCGGCUAUGUGAAGGUGAAGUGGUACAAUCCGGCCACCUGCAGCGACAGCCUCGUCGUCGUGCCGGUCAGCAAGGCGUCUGCCGUGCAGCGUGCUGGCCGAGCGGGUCGCAUGCGUCCCGGCAAGGUGUAUCGUCUGUACACGAAACAGGACUACGAUGCACUGGCACCGCGACAGCCGCCCGAGAUGCGACGCAGCGAAAUGAGCGGCGCUGUGCUGCAGCUCAAGGCCUUGGGCAUUGGCAACAUUCUGCGCUUCGACUUCCCCUCGCCGCCGCCGGCGCAAAAUCUGCUCUCAGCCCUGGAGACACUCUACGCGCUGGAUGCCAUCGAUGAGGAGGGACAGCUGACCAAACCUGUGGGCUAUCUGCUGGCCGAGCUGCCCUUCAGUGCGAUGCUCUCGAAGAUGCUGUACAUCUCCGGGAAAAUGGGCUGCUCCGAGGAGGUCAUCACAAUUAUAGCCAUGCUGCAGGUGCAGUCGGUGUUCUCCCGCCCCGUCUCUGCGGUCGCUCAGCAGGGCGGACGCAUCGCGCAUCGCCAUUUCCAGGUGGCAGAGGGGGAUCUCAUCACGCUGCUCAAUGUGUACACCGCCUUCGUGGAGGAGGGCAUGACCAAGGAGUUCUGCGGCCAGUACUACCUCAUCUAUCGCAAUCUGAAGCGCGCCCACGAGCUGCGGGAGCAGCUGUUGACGCUGGCGCGCAAGAAGUACGGCAUACCGAUCUUCUCCUGCAAGGGCGACGUGGAAAUGCUGUGCAAAUGCAUCACCGCCGGCUUCUUCACGCAGGUGGCCUAUCUGCACCAUUCGGGUGUGUACCGGCAGAUCAGCAGCGGCACCGAACUGGCGGUGCAUCCCAACUCGACGCUCUAUACGCUGCCCCAAGCUCAGUACGUGGUCUACGGGGAGCUGCUGCAGACGACGCGCAUCUUCAUGAACCAUUUGACUGUGAUCAAGCGCCAGUGGCUGACGGAGCUGGCGCCGCACUACUACCAGCAGACCACGGUGCGGGACUAAAAGGAGACCACAGACUGCCGAUUUCCGCCGAUUUACUUAGUUUAAUAUAACGAUUAUUGAUAAAUGACUUAAGCUAAAAGGAUUUCCAAAGUGUAUCUGAUGGCUGGCGUCGCAGGCUAGCCGGCGGCCACACGUCCUCGUCCCUGGAACAGCAUCAUGGACUCGGGGCCACGGAUGACGCGUGACAUUAGCUCCCAGCACAUUUUUGCGGGCAACAGGCUGCAAGGAAAUCAUUUGAAUUCGUAUAUAAAAGAGACUGGGGGCCGCACUCACCACUUCAGUGGCGUCAGCAGGCGAAUGGAGUUGGGCAGGACGCACCAGACCUCGUUGCAGCGCACGGCCUGCUCGAUGCGAUCGGCCACGUACUGGGGCUCCAGCAUUGGCUGCAUGCGUGGCCGGACGCCCGAGAACAUGCCCGUAUUGAUGUAGUACGGACAGAUCAGACUCAUCUGGAUGUGAUCGUAGCCAUGGGCCUUCAGAUCCGUCAGCAGGCUCUCGUGGAAGCCAAUGCAGGCGUAUUUGGUGGCCGCAUAAUCGCUGCAGCCGUAGGUGCCCAGCAUGCCCGUGACAGAGCCCACCGUCACGAUAUGGCCGCGAUUGUGGCGCAUCAUGUGCGGCAGGAAUGCCUUGACCGUCCAGUAGUGCGAAAUGAUGUUGAUGUUGUACGUAUUCUGGAUGACGCGGUCGUGCAGCUCCCAGAAUGGCUUGCAGCAGACAAUUCCCGCAUUGUUGAUCAAUAUAUCCACCGGUCCCACCUGCUCGAUGACUUCGCCGGCGCGCUGAUAGACCUGCUCCCUGUCGGAUAUAUCCACCACAUAGCCCUUGCAGUUGUUGUAGCCACUCCUGGCCAGCAGAUCCACCGUUGUCUUGAUGGCUGCGUGGAAAAUUACUUAAGUUCAGUGAUCAAAUUGAACAGGAAAAUAUAACAGCUUUCACUCGGGGGGGCACCCAAAAGGUGCUUGACCCUCUCUCUCGCUCCCUCGCUCGAGUGCUGACCAAGCAAUUAGCAGAAUAGUGCGAAGUCUCAGCCUCUCUUGUUGUUACCUUCUUGAUUGAUAUCCCAGAUGACAAUACGCGCCUGCAGUCGAGCAAAGUUGAGUGCUAUGAGACGACCAACGCCGCCUCCACCGCCUGUGAUGAGCACCACCUGACCGGAGAUGUUCUGUUGCCGAUGGACAGAUGGGCAGAUUGAAAGUGAAAUUCAAUUAACAUGUAAUAGACGAGUAAUGCCUAAGCCUCAAUAUAUAAGUAGGUUAUGUGAUUGUAUAAUAAUAUAAUUAAUUGGUGGACACAUUUGGGUAUGUCU